AAUAAAUUCACUUGGUUUCAUUCAUUUGACACAAGCACACCUUGCCUUCUCUUUCACAUUUUAUUCAGUGAAUCCUUAAAAUUGCUAAUUUGUUGUAGCUCUUGUGGAAAAUGUUGAAGCUAAAUUUGGUGGUAAUUUUGGGGUUUUGUUGGUUCUUCAAUACGUUUCCCGUGGAGAAAAGUCUGGCGUUUGCUUUUCCGGGGAAUAAACGAAACAGGACUUUGGUAGAAACAACCGAUGAGUUGGACAAAAAAUUGGCAGUGGAUUCAGAUGGCGUGUUUGGACUCUUUGGAAAACCCAUGCCAAUGGUGGCAACGAAGCUUCCCGAAGAAGUAGACACAGCCAAGGCAGUUUUUACUGGGCCUCAGCCUAAAUGGAACAGAAUGACGACGUCUUUGGUAGACUCGCACAUUCAGGAAGGCGACCUCUAUAACUUGGCUAAAAAAUUGGCAGUGAAAUCGAAGCCAAAGUCGGGCUUGGGCCAUCGACUCCUUGGAAACCACCGGUCCAUUUUGACACCGAGGGUUAGAGACGGCGUGGGGACAACCCAAAAGGAUUUUCCCCGCCCACCUGCCAAUAGGAGGUUUCCUAACUUUUGGAAAAAUGCUCGAGAAAAGGAAGGGACCGGAAGCGGGGAGAGCGAAGAUAAAAUAGUAGAAGACGCACCGGAUCAACGUGCAAGAAAACAACCUGGUUUCCGGGGAAAGGGCGUCCACAAGAAGACAGGCGACGGCCAAUUCGAGGGCUACGAAGUCAAGGAAAUGACUCUCCAAGUGCCCAACAUGCAGACCGAUCGGCUCGGAAACUGGGUCUACAACCAGUGGGGCGCGACGUACGGCCACCAGUUCAUGGACACGCGGUUCGCCAAGGGCAAGGACGAGAAGCACCAGGCGGUUCGCUACCGCGUCGACCAGGAGCCCCUCCACAAGUACGACCCCAACCCCGACGUGCUGAGCACCGUGUGCCUGGGCAGGUCCACCAUCUACAACUACCCGAAGGUCUUCUGGUGGCUCAACCGGAUGAUCCACAACGUCUCCUUCGAUCACCGCACCAUCUGGAUGGAGCUGCGGCGCGAACUCUACGUCUACGGCAGGUCGGAGGAGUGCCACACGACCAACUUCACGGACUUCCGCGACUUCCAGGAGUGCACCCUGCGGCGGAACCAGCGCAUGGAGUACAUGAUCCCGCAGUAUCCGCUCCAGCAGGUCGGCUACAGGAAGUACUACCACAAGAAGCAGGCGGCGGGCGGAGCGGCGGAAGACGAGGAUGACUUCGAGGACGACUUUUAAGUGCCACUGUGUUUUACCCGAUGACAAAUAUAAAGGAUUAAGAAGCAGA